AUGAGACGAAGCAGGGUCACCAUGAUCCCUCCUCAUCGUGGUAAAGGAUUCAUCUACAAAUGCAUCCUCAUGGUGGUGGCAGUGAUGCAAAUCCUCACUGCGAUCCCAGUAGCAACUGCACAGUCGAAUUGUCUAUCGGAUCGUGAUUGUGAAGCCCUCUAUCGCUCUGGCUCGACGUGCCUCCCUUCCGGCAUGUGCAGCAAUCCAUUCACCGAAGGAUGUCUGAAACGAAUGAUGGUGUUGGAAAACGAUGAUCACGAACCACCACAAACUCGGCUGUGCAAUUCUGAUGAUGAUACUACCGCUGAAGACAUCAAUUGCCGGACAUCUCAGUUGAAUUAUCCAGAAGUCAGAGUGCAUUAUCAGAAUUGGGAAGUGGCCAUAUUCUUUAGCUGGAUUUUGCAGAUUAGCCUCAUGGAAUUAUUGGAUGUCCCUGUCAAGGUUGGAUUGGGGAGCGAUACCAAGGACGCUAGUUUUUACAACAUUGACAAUAAGUUGUUGUAUUCUCCGGUCGGAUAUUCCUGGGAUGGAUUGCGAAAGGCUAAUGAAUUGAAUGGAGAUUGUCUGCAGACCGAGGAAGAUUGUGUUCAUGUCCUGCCGGAUGCCUGGGUCAGUCAGGCAGACAUUCUGAACAAGGAGUACGAAGAUGGACAAUUGGAUUAUUUGGAUGGCAAUGGUCAAAUUGGAAAGGAUUCUUUGUUUUUGCCAAAAUUUACAGCCCAACAAUAUCCCUUUGCGGUCACCUAUCACGGACUAUCGCAAAACCGACAACUGUUGGCCGAAAUCUUCAAACGACCCACCACUUGGGCUGAUUACUGCCAUGAGGUUUCGUUGAACAAUUGCACUGUUCCGGACGGUAUCGCGGAUCGAUAUCCAAAUGAAGCCGACAUGGGAAAAUACUUUUCAAGGGAAGGAUACAUUGGUCAUUUUCGAGCCACGGCUGAGAACAUAUGCACUGGCGCACAGAACGAUACCUGCACAGGUCAUGCCGUGGCACCACCCUGCGACUGGAGUACCUUUUUGGAAGGACAGGCCUUUUGGUUGAAGAUGGCACUCAAGUCGAGUGGACCCAAUCAUGUCAAUGGGGGAUACGGCUAUGGGGAAAUGAUUCAAAUUUGGAAUGCCGCCAAUGCCACCAAAUCGCACGUAAUCAUGCAUUGGUUUGAGCCGGAUGCCGUUGUGGAAGUAUUCCGGAAUACCGAUUUUGAAUUUACCAGAAUCUAUCUACCUCCCGCUUCACUGCAGUGCAAGGAAGAGCGAUUGAGUGUCGCCGACAGAUGCAGUGCGGAUCCUAUGGUGAGGCGAGGAACCGAGGUUGGAUCCUGUGACAAUGGGGCUCAUGUUACAAAAAAGGUCAUUGCCAGAUCCUUACGAGACAGUACAUUGGAGGCCGCAUUGGUGGACCAAAGUCCAGCAUACAGCUUUAUUCAGAAUUUUAACAUGGAUCAGUUGGAAAUCAACGAAAUGUUGGGGCACUUUGUGGCCAAUGGAAGAAAUGGAUAUGCAGCACGAGAGGCUGUCUGUAGUUGGGUGGCCAACAAUACCGACUACCUCAAGAGUUUAAUGCCGCCGAAUCACCCCAAAGUCUUUCGCUCUCGCGAAGACUACGCACAGACUGUCACGAUUGCAGCAUAUAUUCUUGGGUUCAUAACCCUUGCCUAUAUCGUUGUUUGCUCAGCUGUCUCCUUCAAGAAACGCAAAGCAGCUGUCUUUGUGUAUUCUCAGGUGCGGUUCAUCUUUGUCAUGCUCUUCGGUCUAUUUCUUGUGGCGAUUGGAGCCAUUAUGAAUGGGAUCGAGCCAGACGACACCAUCUGCAUGACGAGAGUAUGGCUGGUGAGCCUGGGAUACACUUUUGAGCUGGUACCACUGAUUAUCAAAGUGACUGCCUUGAACCAUUUAAUGAAGGCUUCGAAGAAGAUGCGUCGAGUGCAAAUCAAUAGACAGCAGCUGUAUACAAGUCUGCUGGUAUUGUCUGGGAUUGUGGCGUUGUACUUGAUCGUGUGGACGGCAGUAGAUCCCUCCAAAGCUACAGAAGUUCGAAAACUAGAAGAUGACCGAACCACUGUUACGUCCCACUUUGGCUGUCGUUCCAGUUCCCCAUAUUGGAAUAUCAUCUAUCUAAUUUGGGAGAGUAUUCUCAUUUUGUGGUGCUCAGUGUUGGCAUUCCAGUCGAGGAAUGUUCAGGCCGAGUUCAAUGAAUCCAAGAGUUUGGGGAUGAUGAUUUACUCCCACUUUAUCUUUUUGGCGCUCCGGGUUAUUGUCUCGCUGGUCUUUGACGACGAUGCUUACACGAGUUCCAUAGCUACCAGCUACUUGCUGAGUUUGGACAUUAUUGUUGCCCUCAUGAUCUACCUUGUCCCAAAAAUGGUAAUGCCAUCGGAAACCAUCCAACAGCAACAAAACCGAGGCCGUGCCAACUACUCGGCUGCUACCAGCCAAAUUCACCAGCAGGCUAGAGUGAAUUCACCGACCGCUCAGAAGCCAAGCCUCUCAUCGUCGUUUCAAUACUCGUUGAACCACACGGAAUCUACAACCAUGGCAGAUGAGAUGCCGUCCAUACCAUGGAAACCACCUGUUAUCUAUGAGAACAAUUCAGACGAUGAAUCUCUGGAUGGCAGCGAACGCAAACAAGAACACGGCGGACUGACUCCCAUGCAUCCAAAGUCGUCCGUAGGCUUGUGGGUCAAGGAUGCUGGUGCUGGUGCUGAACCUAGCAGUACUGACCCACUGCCGGCAAAUUCGCGCAGAUUCGACCCCGAAGCGGGUGUUGCCGGAGAUGAAGAACUACGCGAGCAUCUCCUCCAAAUGAAUAAUGAGCUGCAGGAAAAGGAUAGCCAAAUCCUCGAAAAGGACACGGAGCUCGCCCAAUUGAAAAGAAGGGUCGGAGCAUUGCAAGAAAUCAAGGCUCGCCAAGCAUCCGAGAUAGAGCAGCUUAUGAUGAAGAAAGACCCAUGA